CGUCAUGUGUGAUAUUUUCUUUUCACUGAGAGAAUCAGCUGCCAAACGAUUCCAAGGUGACCUGGAUGUGAGAUAUACUGCUGUAAGCAGCUUUAUUUUCCUGAGAUUCUUUGCUCCUGCCAUCCUUUCACCAAACCUUUUUCAGCUCACUCCUCAUCAUACGGACCCACAGACUUCUAGAACCCUGACACUUAUCUCAAAGACUAUACAGACCCUGGGCAGUUUAUCCAAAUCCAAAUCUGCCAGUUUCAAAGAGUCUUACAUGGCUACAUUCUAUGAUUUCUUCAAUGAGCAGAAAUAUGCUGAUGCAGUAAAAAAU